AUGCUCCACUUCCGCACACAGGGUUUCAACGGUUGCGCGGUCAAGUAUUCGCCCUUUUUCGACAAUCGGCUGGCCGUCGCAAGUGCAGCCAACUUCGGUCUUGUCGGUAAUGGACGGUUAUACAUUCUAGAGCUCACCGCUAAUGGAAUUGUGCCGGUGAAAACAUUCACAACACAAGACUCCCUCUAUGACCUUGCUUGGUCGGAGAUCCAUGAGAAUCAGGUCCUCACCGCAUCAGGCGAUGGCAGCAUCAAGCUGUUCGACACCACCGCCAACGACUUCCCCGUUUCGAAUUGGAAAGAACACAACAGGGAGGUGUUCAGCGUCAACUGGAACCUAGUCGCCAAAGAUCGCUUCUGCUCCACUGCACCCUAUUCCGCCGCCUUCUGUCCGCAUAAUCCAGACCUGCUCUCAUGCGUAACAUCAGACUCUUACGUUCGCGUCUUUGACCUACGCACCCCUGCCUCGGCCUCGAACCACCUCGCUGUUCAAAUUCCCAUCCAUGCAUCUCCUGCCGCGUCUGCCCUACCCGGCGGGCCAGGAAUACCACCAACUGCAACCCCGCCCGCCGAGGCCCUCACGCACGACUGGAACAAAUAUCGCCCUACCGUCCUCGCCACGGCCGGUGUAGAUCGGGCCAUCCGGACGUUCGACAUCCGCGCCCCGCAGCAGGGGCCACUAGCCACGAUGCUAGGCCACGAGUACGCAGUGCGCAAAGUCACUUGGUCGCCACAUCUAUCCAACGUUCUUCUGAGUGCUAGUUACGAUAUGACUUGUCGCGUUUGGAGCGAUCGGUCUGAUGCAAGCGCGCCGGGUGAUGUGGAUCUCAUGCGCUCUGGCCCGGCGGGUCCGGUUGUCGGCCAGGAACUUGGACGGAUGACACGACACACCGAAUUUGUGACGGGUGUGGAUUGGUGCUUAUUCGGAAACGAGGGCUGGUGCGCUAGUGUUGGAUGGGAUGAAAGUCUCUACGUAUGGGAUGUGCGAGGCUCAAUGACGUGA